AUGUCUGAUAUUAACACAACUCUCCUCAACUCAAUUCAAAAUAUUGAGGUUGAUCUUGCUGAAAUCAAGCAAGCAUUGCGCGAGAUUCAAAGGCAAUUCAGCAAUCAAUUUGCGCCAGCAGUCAGUGCAGAAGAUCUAACUACAAUGCAACAAAGCAUUAUUGAGCAGAGUUCUCUUGAGCGCAUUGCCAAGUCUGUGAAAAGAGCCCAGCUCACAGAAUACCCUGAUCAGCUUGUUCAAAGGAAAAACGAAGAACAAAAAUACAAUCUGUUGCUUCAGAUUCUUCACGAGCAGGACUGGAAGGCACGUUGCAAAGAAGUUUCACAAGGGCAGUCUUUGCCCCCAUUAGUCCCUCUUUCAGAUCAUGAUUUGACAGUAAAAAGACUGCAUCUCAAAACAUUAGGCCGUAUGACACAGCAAGACAUAAGUGAUUCUUCGCUUUCUUCUCCUGAUAUGUCAGAAACUGGUGAUGUUGAGUCGCCCAUAAUGGCAGAUGUGCUGUCUCCUCCACCUACAGCAAGUGUCGAGCCUGCUCACAAGAGAAGCCAAAGAUCAUAG